AUGGUUCCUUCAGAUGAAGCCAGGUACAACAAACCCCCAAGCCCAGCUGAAGUACAAGCGGCGGAGCAGAUACGGAAGCACGCGGGUCUAAAACCGAUGAACCCACAGCCCGGCGACAAGCGGCCAAAGCCGGCCAGCAAUCCAUCGAACAGCAAUCAGCCUUCAGCAAAGGACCCAAAAUCCGGGAGUUCCAAAAACUCAAAGAAGCUCGUCUUGAACGUACGUGGUGAGCUCUUUGUCCGGGACGAUGCGUUGAACGUCAUCCGACCUCUAACGGAUGAAGAGAGAAGAUACGAUCUCCAGAUCUUCCCGUGCCGCGAUCGAAAAUGCACCGAAGAGGCUCGCGAAAUCGAAAACAAUGACGAGGGCGGUGUUGUCAUUCCUGGAGUUGGUCCACCUUCCCUUCCUUCUGUCAAUGCGGCCGUUCCAACGCUUGUGACCCGCAUCAAGGCCGAGGAGCCGGAUCUCAAGAGACGUUUCCCAUCGGAUGGUGCUUUACCCGUGGCAACUAUUACUCCUGCGUAA